GGUCAGCAUGGCCGGCGAUGAUGCCGUCCUGACGAGCAGCCUGGAGGGAAGAGGUUUGGGUAAACAGCACGGCAGCCAGCACGCCGCCUGCAACAGGGGUUUCUGUGAGAACGGAGCGAGAGUACACACCAAUAAAUGAUGUCCCUAAAGAACUGUACAUUUAAGGCGUGUUCACUGUAGAUAUGUAACGUUGCCAUCGGAGCCUAUAGGCAGACGCCGACAUGGCUCCAGAAAAGGACAGUAACAGUCUUGACGACUUUGCAUUUUCACUUAAAGGACGCUUCUGCGAUCUGCCCGACUCAAAAAAUGGAGAAGAUCUGGACUCCUCCCUGGAUGGAAAAGGCAACAAGCUAGUGUAUUGUGUCACGGAUGUACCUCCUUGGUACCUGUGCAUCAUUCUAGGCAUCCAGCACUGUUUGACUGCAUUCGGAGGCAUCAUCGCCAUCCCGUUAAUCGUAUCUCAGGGGUUGUGUCUGCAACAUGACGGCCUCACACAGAGCCACCUCAUCAGUACCAUCUUCUUUGUCUCCGGUGUUUGCACACUGCUGCAAGUUACCUUCGGCAUCAGGCUGCCCAUCCUCCAAGGUGGCACAUUCACAUUGUUGGCCCCUUCCAUGGCAAUGCUGUCCAUGCCAGAGUGGGAAUGUCCGGCUUGGACACAAAAUGCAAGCCUGGUCAACACCACAUCCGAAGAAUUCAUCGAUGUGUGGCAGAGUCGAAUGAGAGCACUCCAGGGUUCCAUUAUGGUGGGCUCGCUGUUCCAGGUGUUUGUAGGUUUCUCGGGUCUCAUUGGCCUCUUCAUGCGCUUCAUCGGGCCUCUCACUAUCGCUCCCACCAUCUCUCUCAUCGGACUGUCAUUGUUUGACUCAGCCGGCGCGAGUGCUGGCAACCACUGGGGCAUCUCUGCCAUGACCACAGCACUGAUCAUCCUGUUCUCACAGUACCUCCGUCACAUACCUGUGCCUUUCCCCAAAUACAGCAAGGAUAAGAAACUGCACACCUCGCGCGUCUACAUCUUUCAGAUUCUCCCUGUUUUACUUGGAAUAACCCUAUCUUGGCUCAUCUGUUUUAUUUUGACAACAUACAAUGUAUUACCUGCUGACCCGGACCAGUAUGGUUAUCUGGCUCGCACUGAUCUAAAGGGAGAUAUUAUGAACCAAGCUCCCUGGUUCAGUUUCCCAUACCCAGGUCAGUGGGGGAUGCCGACUGUGAGCCUGGCUGGAGUGGUUGGCAUACUCGCUGGUGUUAUUUCCUCCAUGAUAGAGUCCGUAGGGGACUACCAUGCUUGUGCUAGGCUAUCUGGGGCUCCACCUCCACCUAGACAUGCCAUCAACAGGGGUAUUGGUAUUGAAGGGAUUGGCUGUCUGCUGGCUGGAGCCUGGGGUACAGGCAAUGGUACCACCUCAUACAGCGAGAAUGUCGGAGCUCUUGGUAUUACAAAGGUUGGCAGUCGUAUGGUGAUAAUAGCAAGUGGAGUGCUGAUGAUUGUCAUGGGCGUGUUUGGCAAAGUGGGGGCCAUAUUCACCACUAUACCUUCACCUGUGAUAGGAGGGAUGUUCAUGGUUAUGUUUGGUGUCAUCUCUGCAGCAGGGGUUUCUAAUCUGCAGUAUGCAAAUAUGAAUUCGUCUCGAAACAUCUUCAUUUUUGGCUUCUCCAUCUUCUCUGGACUGGUCAUUCCUAACUGGAUAUUUAAGAACCCCAAAGCUAUCGCUACAGGUGUGGUUGAACUAGACCAGGUGCUGCAAGUACUUCUGACAACCAGCAUGUUUGUAGGGGGCUUCCUUGGCUUCAUCCUGGACAACACCAUUCCAGCAGGAUCGAAGCAUGAACGAGGCAUUCUUGCCUGGAACCAGGCUCAUGAGGACGACUUCAGCAACACACCGGAGGGCGGAGAAGUCUACAACCUACCCUUUGGCAUCAGCUCCUACUUGUCGUCUUUUUCCUGGCUCCGGUACAUACCGUUCUGCCCUCCCCAUACGCCCGGCUCUCUGGACGGAUCUGGAGCAGACACUAAGUCCCUGGAGCCGAAGUUGCGUUUGGGAAACCCAGAGCCUGCACAGAUCAUUGUUGGAGUUGCUCUGUGAGUUGUGUGCUCACUCCAGCUUGCCAUUUUGGGGUGAUUUUCCCCAAAAAAUACUAUCAGAGGCAGCUCAGUUUGGACCUGGUGUUCCUAUUGUUUCAGACACUGUUCUGUAAGGUGAUGGAAAAAUAUUUCACUUGACCUUUCUGGAUUGUAAUUUGCAGAUCUUGCAUUAGAAUGAUGUAAUCAUUCUAAUAAUAAUAAUAACAAUUGUAUAAUUCGUUUUCUGUAGUCUUAUCAGUCAGUCUUGUGAUCACACCAGGGUGCUAGUGAACAAACACUGAAAAGACAUGUGAUUCAGCAUCUGAUGUAUAGUUUCAUGUAUGUAUGUAUCCUUGCCCUUAACCUAUUUGUAGUGAAACUUUCUGACAGGACUUUCAAGCUCCUUUUUCGCCAUAACCAGGACGACCCACUGAUCUCAACAGAUAUUUAUUUUCCAAAAAAAGGACCCCCCCCAACACACGCUUAUUAACCUAUUAAACUUCAACUUGGAGCCAUUAUGA